CCAACCUCGAUAUGAUGAAGUGGAAGACGAUUCCGCAGGGCGCUGCGACCACCGUCACCGCCGCAUUCGAUCCGCGGCUGGACAGUCUCCCUGGUGCUUACCUGGACGACUCCACCGUCGCGAACGACAAGGUUGCUCCGCACGCGUCUGAUCCUGCUAUCGCAACGAAGUUGUGGGAUGCCACGGAGGUGCUCGUUGGUGUCAAGUUCUCAGUCUGAGCUUACACAGAGUCGGGCUAGACUAGAGAUUUUGCCCCGGACUCUCGCAACCACAUGUAUCACAUUCAGUAAAACCCAUGUAUCAAGCCAAACGAAGCUUACGGGUGGUUUUUCCUGGCCUGGAAAGUUGUCGCCGCUGUGCCAUUGGCGACGAAAACUAACAAUUCAAUAACAAAGGUAUACAAGUGAUGCUUAAACCGACUGAACAGUAUCAAUAUAGUGACAAGAUCUGAUCCACCCCCUGGCGUUUCAUUCUUCCGAGUCACUUCUGACCUCCGAAACUCUCAAU